AUGGCGAACCAGACCCAACAAAAUGAGACGAGAGCUUUGCUUGCCCUGCUGACCAAGGACCUGGAAGCCAAAACCCUGGAACAAAAGCAACGCGAAGAGACCUUGGCCAAUCUGAAAGUCUUGGGCCGCAAUGUCAAUAACGUCUCCGGGAUCUAUAAUGACGAUGGCAUCAAGGCACUGGGGAGCUACGCAUUUGGAAAAUUUCCCCCAUCAGUGCGCCGGGAAGCGCUGAGAUGCAUGGCGAAUGCACUUCUUUUGCUUCCAGCAGCCCGUCAAUCUUCGCUCAAACUCGGUCUCGACAAGAAAGCAACGGAUGCACUCCAGGAUGCGGACGACGACGACGAAUUUCUUCUAUCCCGAAUACUGUUCCUGAUGACCUAUGACCCUGGCAUUGACCUGAAAUCCCUGAUAGCAGAUCACAGUCUGGCAGACACCAUCGUGAAGCACCUUUCUCGUCACGCAGACGAGGCGAAGAAGUCCACGCCGAAGAGCCCGGCCAGUCCGGGCAAUGUGGCGCUAAUGGAAACCCUCAAACUUCUUUUCAACGGCACAAGUGUCAGAACGGAUCAAUUUGCAAGGUUUCAGCCUGCUGUCGUCGAGCUAUUCCGUAUUCUCAUCCAUUCAGAUAUCCCGUCGCCAGCGCUUCAGCCGCCGAUAAGCCUGCUCGUGAACGCUUUGGCCAACCUGGAUAUUGACCCUGACAUGACGAAGGCCAGCGAAGUACAACCGACAGUAGACAAGUUGAUGACGAUCCUCGAACGGGCCAUCCAAGAGCACUCCUCGACGGAAUUAGACACGAUUGUAGUUCCAUUGUUGACAGUCCUAAGGAACAUCAACGAGGCUGCAGGACCCGAGCUCCGUAACACUAUGAGGAUACGGCUCUUGCCUGACGAUAAGGAAAGGGACCAACCCCUUGGGAAAUCAUCUUCGCUGGCCUCACAGCUUCUGCGACUCACCACGUCUUCGGGGACGCUGAACUUGUCUGAAGCGAUCUCAGGACUGAUGUUUGAACUUUCCGACAAAGAUGCCAAUCAAUACGUCAGGAACGUGGGAUAUGGCUACGCUGCAGGAUAUUUGAUGACCCAUAAAAUCCCUAUCCCAGAAAGUGCGAAGAGGUCCCAAGUCCCAGGUGAAUCCUCCAGCGAGAUCCCUGUUAAUCCCAUCACUGGACAGAGACUCGACAAAGAACAACCAAUUGAACUACCCGAGAUGACGCGAGAAGAAAAAGAACGGGAAGCGGAAAGAAUGUUUGUGUUGUUCGAGAGGCUCAGAGGGACGGGGGUGGUGACCGUCAAGAACCCAGUGGAGGAAGCCAACGAUGAAGGGAGGUUCGAGGAGCUCAGUGAUUCUGAUUCAGAGUGA